AUAAACGCAAGAGAAGAUGAUGUUCGGCAUUCUACGCUGCUUAGCAAACGGACACCGGAGUCUGCGCGCCUUAAGUCCCCGGCAAAAAAAGUCUGCAGGGAAAGCCUGGCCACCCUCGAUUUGCUGCCUCUGUCCCUUCACAAAGCUCGUUGGGAGAAAAUGAUGAACGAUAAAGAAAAUAUUUUUGCACCGAAAACCGCACCGAAGACGCCACAAUCCUGUGGAACACCAUUGCAAAAGGUUACAUGCUCAAAUCGUCCUCAAAUUUCCUCCGGUCAGCCUAUUCGGGCUGACGUUGUCAGAGGUAGUUUAAGUCAGGCCGAGCGCGAAAGACUUGAGCGUCAAGCGGAAUUGGCUGAACUUCGUCGCUCCAGAAAACGUUGUAUACAGGCCGGUGUUUCUCUUCCACCGCCAUCUAACCACGUUUCAGAUGCUCCUGUUCAGUUGCCCGUAAAAUUGGACCCGGUGCCCGAACCACCGAAAGCAACCACACCGGUCACUUUACCAGAGAACUGCAUGGCUUCCACAGAAGAGGUGGACAACGCCUCCGAAACAUCCGAUUUCACCCACCCCUAUUACUUACGACCAAAGUUCGGUGCACAACGAACUCGUGCAGAAGAGACUGAGGCACUCCCUCGUCAACGUUCUGCUACUUUCGUCCCUCCUCAUGGGACAUCUCCUGGCGACACGGUCUCCGAAGCAGGUAUCGAUAGUGAUGUCGAUUCAGUCAGUUGUGAGGAUCGUCGUUCCAAACGGUCGGAUUCUCACAGUCGUGUUAUCAGGAACGAGCAUCCGGCGCGAUCAUCGUCCAAAGAGGAACUCCCCAAAUCAGACUUUGACGAGCAUUGUGACAACAAAGAAGAGACUGAGGCACUCCCUCGUCAACGUUCUGUUACUUUCGUCCCUCCUCAUGGGACAGCUCCUGGCGACACGGCCUCCGAAGCAGGUAUCGAUAGUGAUGUUGAUUCAGUUAGUUGUGAGGAUCGUCGUCCCAAACGGUCGGAUUCUCACAGUCGUGUUAUCAGGAACGAACAUCCGGCGCGAUCAUCGUCCGAAGAGGAACUCAUCAAAUCUGACUUUGACGAGCAUUGUGACAGCGAAGAUUUCACCCACCCUUAUUACUUACGACCAAAGUUCGGUGCACAACGAACUCGUGCAGAAGAGACUGAGGCACUCCCUCGUCAACGUUCUGCUACUUUCGUCCCUCCUCAUGGGACAUCUCCUGGCGACACGGUCUCCGAAGCAGGUAUCGAUAGUGAUGUUGAUUCAGUCAGUUAUGGGGAUCGUCGUUCCAAACGAUCGAAUUCUCACAGUCCUGUUAUCAAGAACGAGCAUCCGGCGCGAUCAUCGUCCGAAGAGGAACUCGUCAAAUCAGACUUUGACGAGCAUGGUGACAGCGAAGUUUCAGUCUCACAACGCCGCGUUGAUCGUCUUGCUGAGUUACCAUCUCUGUUACAAUGCGAGCGGAACAUCAUUCUCCAGGCUAGUACUGCUUUGCGGCAUUGUACCACGUAUACUGGGCCUAGUGUCCAGGAUGCAACGCCUAAGCGAUCGAAGAUUGCAUCACGUGUUACUGCUGGCGAAGCUUCUUCUCACUCUUUGGAGCCUGAAUCCAUGGCAUACGUAGAGGCGAACAAGAUGUUGCUCAUCGCAUGUCAACGUCGUCAGGUUCUGAUGGAAGAAUUAGCACUUUUGCAUCGCGGUUCACCUGUUCUGGUGCCACCUAGCCGUGGGGAGCCUAUUCGCGGACGGCUUAAAUUGGACGCUGUUCGCCUGGGAUUGAAACCUUUCCACAAACCCGGGGACCCUUCAAGCGGUGGGGGCUAUGUUGUUCUGGAUAAGGCUGUGGCCAGUUCAUUUGCGUGCACAAAAAUGACGCGUACUCCCCCGACUCAAUAUCACUUGUUGGCGAUUAUCAAGUGUCGUGGUGAAGGUCGUAUGUUCCACAGCGAUAUGGUCACUCUGGUGCAUGUUAGUGAUCUACCUGUAGGUACUGGUCGAGCAGCCACCUACGUGGACCUGCCAACUGCAAUCGAGAUCGUACCUUUACGACCUGACUUCCGCAUCACACUGGAGGUCUAUUGUAUGUCCAUUGGCGCUGACAGUGCAUCUAUGGUCCCGAGUGUAGACUCUCCACAGGCUCUGGGCUCGGGCUCUGCCCCCACGACUCCAUCUAUGGCACGGACGCCAAAAUCAAAACACAUUUCAACUACCCCACUUCCCAAUUCGGCUUCGGUUCGAAGCAAAAAAAUGCGCCUCCAUGGAGAAUCUCAUAGUGCUGUUCGCGAGCAUGCGAUGAGUGCCCUGACAGCUUGUCUGCCCACCACGCGUUUGAUGUCUCCGUCAUUUGCUACGGAUAAAUCAUCUCUUACCGGUCAAAAUAAGCUGGCAGGUAAGGAUAUGUUGGCUGGGCAAAAAGAGCUCUGUGAGGCAGACGGAUUACACGCCCUUACCAGCGUAACUUAUGAAGUUGCUGCGGUAUUUUCAACUUCCUAUUUAGCCUUCACACUUUUGUCGUCUGUGGAUAUUCGUUACCAUGAUGAUUUGCUUCUGGGUCACUUGCGCCCUAAUGGUGAAUCGACUGUCCCUCAGUCGCGGCGCUCUUCUGGAAUCGAGAAACCGAAUCACCUCCCGCUGAGACUUCCGCGUUUGCCACGAUCAACUCCGCUUACUGGACAUGUUGGGUUGUUGAACGCCGUGGUGCGGCUAGAGGCGCGGGUAUUGACUCGCGGCUUUUUGACUGUAUUCGAGGAAGCCGGUGGUUUGGGAGUAUGGCGUCGUUACUGGUGUCAACUUCGCGCAGACCAUCUGAGAUUUUGGCGUUAUCCCGAGGAUGAACAGCGAGAUCCUAAUGGUACCGGUUCAUUCCGAAAACCUGUGGGACGGAUUGAUUUAAGGCACAUUGCUGCCCCUAGAGCUGUCCCUGCGCCGCGACGAAUUUGUGCACGAGCCAACACCAUAUUUAUGCGGUCUUUGCGUGCCAUCGAACCGGGCUGUUUGUCAGCUUCUGUCAAUGCAGCAAAGCUCUCCGACUCUGGGACUGACUCAAAUGAAAGUAUUAUUUUCCGGGCGUCUCCGGACUAUAAUUGGUUGGAGCAGAAGCAUCUUCUGUGUGCUGACACUGCACAGGAAAGAGAUUCGUGGGUUAAUUGGAUCAACUUGUGCCUGAACGCUUUGAAAAACUGGAUGCCCGAACACUUCGCUUGUCUGGCUCGAUUCGACGCCCACCUCGAAUUCAGUCAACCGGUUUCCUCUGAUUUGGCCUCCUUACUAUUACACGAAGAAGAACGAUUUGGCCUGCUGCAGUUUCGGUCACCGGAUAACGGGAAGCCUCGGAGGCGUAGGCAUGCACAGUUUGUUCGGAAAUCGGGUAGCUACGCAUUAAAGGCGAUAACUUCGAUGCACGAGCUUCCGCCAAUUCCACUGACCAUUGGUGAUUUGAGUCCCCAUCCAGGGAGGCGGCAGUGGCCCACCCGACUUAGUUUACUGGCUAGUGUUUUCGCACUUCGUUGCCAGGUCAUAAGCUGUCCACCUCCCGGUCGCUUCCACUCAGAACAGGGCUGGGAGAAAGGAUCUCUGUGA